AUGCCAAAUGAUCGUAGAUAUCAUUAUGCUCUUUGUAUUAUAGAUUGCAUAUCAAGAUACAAGGAUGGUCAGGUGUUAACACGUAAACUAAGUAGCAAGAUUGCUAUGACAUUUAAAGAUAUUUAUAAUGAUCCAAAUUCUCUUCUUAACUGGCCAGUCAUUUUGAAAGUAGGUCAAGAUACUGAAAUGAAGGAUGAAGUUAUAAUAUUAUUUGAGAGCUAUAGAACACGAAUUGAGCAUACUGAAUCAGAACAUUAUGUAUCUCUAGCCUUUGUAAAUUUAUUUCAUAACCAGCUUGAGUGUUGCUUGUUCAAGAGAAUACAAAUAAAAGAAUUGAUUAUUAAACAUAUUAAUAAAGAUUGGGUAAAGCUAUUUCAACCAACAAUUAUGGAUAUGAAUAAUGAAAAAACUUGGCUCAUUAAUAUGAAGCCUAUAAAUGCUCAUCUUCUAAAAAAAGUUCUACUAAAAUCUCGGCCAGCUCCACCUGAAAAUAAUUUACUUCUGUUAGAUAUAAUGCAUCAUCAAGCCAAUCAACUGAAAAUGACUGUGGAUGGUGCUUGGGAUAGUCUUGGAAUAGAAGUGAAACAUGACAUACUUUACAACAUUUAUCCUGCUAAAUUGCAAUUUCUAUAA